GAGGACCCGGCGCCGCCCCCGGCCGCUGCCCCCGCGGAGCCGAGCCCGGAGCGGCAGGAUGCAGCCCGCAGCCCGUCCGGGCCCGCCCGGCGCCGCAGCCCCAGGACUCAGGGAAGAUGGUGCCCGGGGCGCCGCGGGCCCCCUCCUCCGCCUGGGCUGGCUGGCAGCCCCUCUUCCUCCUCACGCUGGAGGCUCUGCUGCCCAGCCCCGCUUGGGUCUGCCCGGUCCGCUGUAAGUGCUCCUCCCAGGACAGGUCCGUGCUGUGUCACCGCCAGAACCUGGCGGCUGUGCCCGGCAGGAUCCCCCCGGCCUGCGAGCUGCUGGAUCUGAGCCACAACCGCCUGCGGACGCUGCAGCAAGGCAUGUUCUCCCGGCUGCAGGCCCUGAAGGAGCUGGACCUGAGCGAGAAUGUCAUCUCCAACAUCGAGCCGGGUGCCUUCAACAGCCUCCAGCGCCUCAUGACGCUGAGGCUCCGGGGAAACGAGCUGAAGAUUGUGCUAGCCGGCGUCUUUGCCGGGCUGCCCAGCCUCACCGUGCUGGACCUCAGCCAGAACAAGAUCGUCAUCUUCCUGGACCACGCUUUCCAGGACCUCGCCAGCCUCCGGCACCUGGAGGCCAGCAACAACCACCUAGUUUUCAUCUCCCCCCGGGCGUUUGGGGGGCUCCGGCAGCUCCGGCAGCUCACACUGGAGCGCUGCAACCUGACGGGUGUCCCCACAGGGGCCCUGGGACAGCUGCCUCACCUGGGCGAGCUGCGGCUCAAGGUGCUCAACAUCAGCGUCCUCCGAGACUACUCCUUCCGUCGCCUCCCCCGCCUGCGGGCGCUGGAGAUCAGCCGCUGGCCCUUCCUGGCCACUGUGGAGCCCCACAGCCUGCUGGGCUUGAACCUCAGCUCCUUGGCCAUCACCAAGUGCAACCUCAGCAUCAUCCCCUACGAGGCCCUCCAGCCCUUGACGUACCUCCGCUGCCUGGAUCUGUCUCACAACCCCAUCGCUGCCAUCCACGGUGGGAGGCUGGCCCAGCUCCUGCGCCUGCAGGAGCUGCACCUGGUGGGCGGGCAGUUGGCCACUGUGGCAGCCCACGCCUUCUGGGGCCUGAGCCACCUUCGCCUUCUCAACGUCUCCGACAAUGCCCUGCAGACGCUGGAAGAAGGCGCCUUCCACACUGUGGGCAACCUGGAGACCCUGCGCCUGGAUGGGAACCCGCUGGCCUGCGACUGCCGCCUGCUGUGGGUCGUCCGGCGCCGCCGGCGCCUGAGCUUCGAGGGGCGGCAGCCAGCCUGUGCCAGCCCCGCACUGGUGCGCGGCCGGAGGUUCAAGGACUUCUCAGACAUCCUCCCAUCUGGGCAUUUCACCUGCCGGAGGGCAAAGAUCCAACCUGAGGCCCCACAGUGGGUGAGCGUGGAGGAGGGGAGCAAAGCCAGGCUGCGGUGCCAGGGGGAUGGUGACCCCAUGCCCACCAUCACCUGGCUGUCUCCCCGCCAGGCCUGGCUGGACGCUGGCCUUCGGGGCCGGGUAAGGGUGCUGCCCGAUGGGACCUUGGAGAUCUUCUACGCCCUGGUCCAGGACAGUGGCACCUACUACUGCGUGGCCAGCAACGUGGCUGGCAAUGACACCAUGGCUGCCCACCUGCAUGUCUACGACCCGUCCCGCUGGGCCAAUGACACCUUCCCCCUGGCCAAUAUGAGUGCCAAUGGCUUGGGGGCGCCGGUGGUUCCCCUGCCGGGCCUUGGCAUGCUGCUGGGCGCCGUGGCCAUGGGCGCAGUACCCUUCCUUAGCUCUGUGGCUGUCUGCUUCCUAUUCAUCUUCCUCUGGAGCAAGGGCAGGGGUCGCGUGAAACACCAUGCCACCUUUGAGUUUGUCCCACGCUCCCCUGGUGCACCACGGGGCAAGCCCAGCCACGGCGGCCGGCUGGCCAUGAGGUUCACGUGAGCCUCCGUGGGGCAGAGGUGAAACGUGGCAGUGGGGGAAGGGUGCCAUUCCUCUCCUUCCUCUCCGAGCCAGGCAUGGCCCUCCACUCCUUCACCUUCUGCAUCCAGCAAUUAACCUGCUAAAAUCAGCUUAAUUAACCAACUCCCCAGACAUGUAACUCGGCUGGGUUCUUCCACCAAAGCCUUGGCUCUCAUGCUUUUGCUGCCAGGAUAAAAAGGAGGUGACUGGGGAGGGGGGCCACAUGCUCAUGCCUUCCCCCAUGGGGUCUUUGAUCCCAGCCCAGCCUGGGCAGAGGGGCUGGUCCCGUCUCCGGGCUGAAGUCGGGGAUGCACGUGGCGGGUCUGGGAGGUGCCGUGUGGUGCCUGUAGAGCCAGGACAAAGUCAGGGCCAGCUAUGGGGGGGCUGGGAUGGCCAUGGGGACAUGGUAUCAGGGCACUGGGAGCCUCUUUCUCUCUCCUUGGAGCAAGCCAGGGGGCCUGGCAGGGGCUUUGGCAGCUGUGCCGCGAGGAUGGGGAUGGGGAAGCUGCUGUGGUGGAUAAACACCGAGCUUGCCCAUGUCUGUCCCAGAGCCAUCCUUGCCCCUGAUCCUUGGGCAGCUCCCAGCACAGAGCCUGCCCCCGCUCCCCCCGCCCCUCCAGCUGCCACGAGUCCUUAACAGCCGGCUAAAGAAACUGCAGCCUAGUCGGGCUUCAAGUCCCAUCUGAUGUUUCCUUGGCCCGCGGCAGGGGGCCCAGCUGUAACCACUUCCAGCCAGGACCAACCGGCCUGCCGGUCACAAAGGAGUUAAACCUCGCACCCACCGGGCAAUGCAGGUAAGGAGCCUUAUCCCCAGGUUGCAGAAAGGGAAACUGAGGCACGGAGAGGGCAGGAACACCAGGAGAAAGCCACACUGAGCUGGGGGCGGGUAGUCUUGAUGGCUAACCAGACCAGGUCACGCCAGGCCUGGUAACCUGCCACCGCCUUGGUAGCAUUUCAGAAGGUCGGACACGGUGAGUACCGCUGGGGGGUUCACCAGCUAUUUAAAGGGCUGGUGCUAUUUCUCUGUAUCCUAGGAAGUGGCUUUGGCAGGGGCCAGGAAGAGCAGCCCCAUCCUGGACCUCCUUCCUGAGCUUGUACUUUGGCCGUAGGACUCGCCUGUGGAAAUCCCCCUGCAGCGCAGCCCAGGGGGAAGGGGCACGGGGAGGGAGGCUUUAAGGCUGCGCUAUGUACGGAUAUCUGCCAGCCCAAGGGACUUCCCUGCGCUUUCCAACCACAGCGACACCUGGCAUCACUUUGGGCAUGCGCACACACAUACAGACACAGCACACACACACAACACACAGAGCACAAAAAUACACAGUGUAUGUGCAGCACACCUACACAAAGCGUACAUGUGCAUGGCACACAAAGCACAUGCACACACAGCAUACACAGCACACACACACAAAUGUACAGCAAUGCAGCGCACACACAGCACACCUAAACAGCACAUACGGGGCACAAACACACACAGAGUACAUGCAUGCAGCACACACACAAAUGGACACAGCACAAAAAUACAGUGCACAUGCAGCACACCUACACAAAGCACACAUACACACACAGAGCACACAUGUACCACUGUUCUGCUGGACAAGCUGAUACAAAAACAUGUCCCCUAAUUCCCUGUGGAGCAGGGACGAGCUCCUGCCUCUCCAUCAACCCUCGGCCAAGACCGUGUCCAAUCCAUGGCAGGUACAUUGCCGUACCCCUGCCCUGGAGGCCUGGAAGAGGGGGUCUCAGUAUCCCUGGGUCCCUGUUGCUCCCUUCCACACUCUCCAAGCAUCUCCCCUGUGGCAACAGGCAGGCGGGAUGUGGCUCAGGGGGUCCCUCUGGUGGCAACCUGGGCUGCUGACAAGCCUGAGCAAAGCGGGGCCUUGUGGCUUGGGGGCUGGGUUCAGAUCCUGGCCCCAGGCUGCAUCCAGCCACAAGGCCUGGGGUGCAGGGAGGAACCCGCAUGGUCUUUGCUUUGGGUUCUUGAUGCCACAUCGGUGGAGGGAGAAAAUGGGAAUGUCUGUAGCCCCCACCUGCCUUCCCACCCCCAGGGCCACGCAUAAGCCACUGGGAUCUGGAGACACUGCUGGACCCGGGGGACCAGGUCUGCCCUCACCGCCUGUCCCAGAGCUGGGAGACAAACCCAGGAGUCCUGGCACCCGGUACCCAAACUCCACCCGCCCAAAAGGCAGGGUUGAACCUCAGAGUCCUGACGCCAUGGACCUCCCCGGGGGGUCCAGCCUACAGCCAGACCUCACUACUCCCUGUUACCACGGGGAAAACUGAGACAUGGAGGGGUGGGGGUUGCCCCCCUCCAUCUUGCAGGGUGUCAGGCCUUUCUGGAGUCACAAGGGUUGUGGGGUUUUUUUGCAGGCACCCACCAGCCGCACAGCUGGGGACCCCUUCGCUAGGACCUGAGGGGCAUGGCCAGCAUCACCCAGCAAGAGCUGGGCACAGGACCCAGGAGUCCUCAGCAGCUGAGUCACGCAGCUCCCCACACCUGCCUGUCCCCACUUCCCACCCAGAGGACAGCCUAGGCGAUCUUGGGGCAGGGACUUUUCUGAGGUCACCAGCUGGUGGGGAGAGCCAGGUGUCCCAGGGCAGUGCUGGCAAUGCCCUGGCACAGCCCAGGCCCCCGCAUGCAUGGUGCUGUACACAAGGCUGGAUCAUGCUCCGCAGAGCUCAGGGGUCAAGUCUGAGCCUAGAGGCAUCGUGUGGGGGCAGAGGAGAGGGAGCAGCAGGCUGGGGUCAGCUGGGGCUAGUUGCCAGCUCCCUAAUUACCCCCAGGCAGCCCCAAUUACCAGCCAAUUAGCCUCCCAACAGCUUUUAGCUUCCUUUGGUGGUGGCCCUGGCCCUGGUGUGUGACCCCCAGCUCUGGACAUAUCUCUACCUCCUGGAUCCUGGCCUUGUCUCCCUGGCAACAGCCCUGAGUGCCUGCAGCCCAGCUCCCCCAGAGCCGCUGGGGCCGGUCGUAGCUGGGACACGCCACGUCGAACCCUGAGGCUGAGUUCCCACGACUGGGCGCUGGGACCGUGGCUGUUGGGUCCAGGUGGAGCAGAAGAGGCCCUGAGGGCCACGUCCAGUCCACGACUGCUGGAAGCCGGCGGGGUCUGGAGCAGCUGCAGCCUUCUCCCUGCUACGUUUGCUCAGCGUCUGUAGCCAAUAAAACCCUCUUGCUCGGC